GAUAUGCCUCAGUGAUGCUUAACAAUUUAACAAAUUAUUUUAACAAAAUCUAGUAAUUAUUAAAAACAAUAAAAAUGCAUGAGGCUGAAGCAACAUACACAGAGCCAACCCCAAUCGAGGUGGUAAAACAAGUUGUUGCUAGCGUUGAGGCAGGCGAUGUGCGUAGCUUAUUGGCCGAAAUUUGUGUGUUCAAUUUUCUGGGACGCAAUGUAUGCUCAGCAACCGAAGUGACCGGCUGGGUUCGCACACAAGUGACAAAUCGCUUCAAGCACCAACAGUUUGAGUCUGCAACGCUCUGCGAUUUGAGGCAGGAGGUGCAUCUGAAAGAGCGCUUUGGCAGCAGCUUCGGACGCCAGCAAUACCGCCCAAAGUUGAAACAUGAGCUGCCGUCCUCAUUGAAACUGCAUAUAGACACUGAUGACGACGAUGAUAGUGAUGAGAUUGGAGCUGUUGUUGAUCCGUUAGCAUUGGUCUUGAAGACACCACCGCGAGGCGGCGAUGCCAGCAGCUCACACGUACUGGUUCAAUAUGUAAUGGCCACCGGUGUGCUCAAGGCUUGCCACAAGGCCGACGAUGGCGGCAUAUGUGUUGGCCCACUGAUUCCCGUGGAGCUGACUGUUGGAUAUCGCAACAAUCCACUAGAGGUUUGCCUAAUUGUCUACGAUAAACACGAUCGCUAUUUGGGAGCGGCACUGAAGCGACGCGGCGCCCGCUCGCAUCGGCGACAUGCGAAUACGGAUGAUGAGGCUGGCGAGGAUGAGCAGCCACCGCCACGCACAGUGCGGCGCACGCUGUUUAUCAAUGAAGUCGAUCUGGAUGACGAUCUGGGCCUGCGUCCCAUAAUGGAGAGCCACGAGCCACGUAAGCGUCACCACGAGCCAAAUACAAACCCCAGAGCCAAACGCUUGACCAAAUCACGAGGCAUGCGCUUCUAAAUUAAAACACUCAAGCAGUUAAUUAAUCUUAAGUUCAGUUUAAAUUUUGGAUUUACCAACAGUCGAUGCGCUGUUUACACUGUUGAGCGUUUGUUAUGCCGUUUUCAUAUUUUGGCGGAUCUCUGCGCGAGAAGACUGACAUACUCCUAAUUAAUUGUAUUUAAUUAAUUCUAU